AUGCACUACCGAGAGCGCGGCGCCGAAGGGUUCGACGACAUCGUCAAAGGCAAGGGUCAGGGUCUAGUCUGCGUGCUCCACGGCCCGCCCGGCGUCGGCAAGACGUUGACGGCAGAUUGCGUCGCCGAGCACGUGCGACGUCCGCUGUACGUGGUGUCUUCGGGCAGCCUCGGCGUGUCAAGCCAGUUGCUCGAAGACAAACUGACCAGCAUCAUGGACAUGGCGUCGACGUGGCGCGCGGUCCUGCUCAUUGACGAGGCCGACGUGUUCCUGGAGCGGCCCGUGUCGCGCGACAUACACCGCAACGCCAUGGUGAGCGUGUUCCUGCGCGUUCUGGAGUACUAUUCCGGCAUCCUGUUCCUGACGACGAACCGGGUGAACAAGUUCGACGAUGCCUUCAAGUCGCGCAUCCACAUCUCCAUCCGAUACACGGACCUCUCGAAAGCGUCGCGGCUGCAGGUCUGGCGGAACUUCUGCGGCCGCAUCCCCGGCGGCGUCGACAUAGACGAGCGCGGACUGGCGACGCUGGCCAAGCACGACCUGAACGGCAGACAGACCAAUAAUGUCGUCAAGGCGGCCGAGAGCCUGCCGGCGUUCCACGGCGCCCGGCUGGACCUGGCCCGGCUGCAGCAGGUCACCACAAUCCACGCGACGUUUGAGAAGGACCUGACCAAUCCCAUGGGAGUCGACUAUAGGGUGCCGGGAGAGACCUAG